UUGAAGUUUGAACUAUGGAAGGAAACCUAAUUGAAAGGGCGCGACAUACGUGAAAACUUGGAAAGAAAAAGACGUAACUUUUAACACAAUGAGAUUGAGACCCCUAAAACUAACUUCCUCGGCUUCAUCUGUAUUUCAUCAAUCUAGUCGUUUCAAUGGCAUCACAACAACGUCUUCCUCUCCAAUUACAUUCUCUUCGCUGCUACAGCGACAACAACGAAAUAGAGUUGACUUACUUGGAAUUUGUAGCCGUCUCCUUUCCUCUGCAGCAGUGGAAAUGAUGUCAGAAUUUGAAUAUGAACGGCCCGCGGAUGAUGGAGAAGUGCUGGAAAAAGAUGCAGCACUUCAUCUGGCUGUCACUCAACUUUCUAGUGAAUUUGGUACAGGUUCUAUGUUGUCAUUGAGACGAUUUUUUGGUUCACGCCAUGCACAAGUUAUACCUACUGGCUCCUUAAAGCUGGAUCUGGCUCUUGGAAUUGGAGGAUUACCUAAGGGAAGAAUCAUUGAAAUUUUUGGUCAAGAAGCAUCAGGGAAAACAACACUUGCCCUUCAUGUUAUCAAGGAAGCUCAAAAGCUUGGAGGAUAUUGUGCAUAUGUUGAUGUAGAGAAUGCAUUGGAUCCAUCGCUUGCAGAGUCAAUAGGUGUAAAUACAGAGGAUCUUCUGGUUUCACACUUGGAAUCUGCGGAAAGUUCAUUAAGUGUAGUUGAUACACUAAUUAAAAGUGGAUCCAUUGAUGUUAUUGUAGUUGAUAGUGUAGCAGCUCUUGUUCCCCAAUCUGAACUUGAUUCUGUUGUAGACGGCCCUCUUCCUAAAAGUCAAUCACGAUUGAUGACUCAAGCACUACGCAAAAUUCAUUCUUCAUUGGGCCGGUCACAGACUGUUCUUAUUUUCAUCAACCAGGUCAGGUAUAAGCCUUCCGAUUGUUUUGGACAUGCAACUCAGGUGACUUGUGGUGGAAGUGCUAUGAAAUUUUAUCCAGCAGUCCGAAUGAAAACUAUGAAAGCAGGACUACUGAGGAAUGAAGAUGAGAUUACUGGGGUUUCUAUCUGUGUUCAAGUUGUGAAAAACAAACUGGCACCAGCGAUGAAGAAGGCUGAGCUUGAAAUAUCAUUUGGGAAGGGCAUUACUAGUGAAGCAGAGGUCUUAGAGAUGGCUUGUACACAUGGGGUCAUCUCGAAAAUGAUUGAUGGUUAUUAUAUAGAAGGAAAACUGCUCAAAGAUAAACAGGAAGCUGAGAAGUAUCUAGCCGAAAACGACGAAGUCCUUGAUAAACUUGUCGGAGCCUUGAGGAGUCAAUUAUUUGAGAGGAGAUAAUUGUGGGCUGGGAAAUUUGUAUGUACCGUCAGUGACCCAAAUUCUUGGGAAGUAUUAUGACUCUUAAAUGAACUUCAUCAAUCGUAUAGUUGUAGUUGUACAGUGGAAGACUGAUUCAAAGCUCUAUCAAGCUGAAGAGAAUUUUGGAAAAAGAUACCGUUCCAUGUUAGUGUCAUGAUAAAUAGCGAAGGCUAACUUAUAAAUACCUAUAAAAUCGUUAGGGUUUCUGUACUUUAGGUGUCAUCUGCAUGUGUUUUCUAGGAUUUAUAAGCUUGUAAGCGUUGUCACUGCAUAGUAAUAUCUGAUUGCAGGAUUAUCCAUCUUGCCUUGGGCUUUAUUUAUCUUUCCUGCUUGUUUGGUUGAUGGUAAUUUUGUUUCAUCUCGUGUAAAAUAGAUUUGGUGUGAUGUAUUUGCAAUUUUUUUCUC